UGUUGGAUCCACUGUCAACCCGAGUCUCUCUCUCUCUGUGCCCCUAAAACCCUAAUUUCAUAAAGGGGAGGGUUUUAUUGCCCAGAACAAGUUUGUCAAUUGUCACAGCCAAAAGUGGGGGACUUAAUUGCUGAAAGCAUGGAGAAGCCACCCAAAGAUAUUGCUCGCGAGGAAGCAGAAGAUGAAGAAGAGGAUCUAAGCUUCGAAGAGCUAGGAUUGGACCCUCGUCUUAUUCGUGCCCUAAUCAAGAAGGGGAUUGAAAAGCCCACUCCCAUUCAGCGAGUAGCUGUUCCUCUAAUAUUGGAAGGUAAAGACGUCGUUGCUCGUGCAAAGACUGGCUCUGGGAAGACCUUUGCGUAUCUACUUCCAUUGCUUCAGAAGCUGUUUACUGAUUAUGGUUCAAAGAACAAGCUUGCUCCGAGUGCAUUUAUUCUUGUCCCAACUCGAGAACUGUGUCAACAGGUUUUUACGGAGGUUUCAUCUCUCAUUGAAUUAUGCAGAGUUCAAUUGAAAGUUGUGCAGUUGACGAGCAGUAUGCCUGUUUCUGAUUUGCGGGCUGCACUAGCAGGACCUCCAGAUAUUCUGGUUUCCACGCCUGCUUGUAUACCAAAAUGCUUGUCAGCUGGUCUACUUCUAUCAGCAUCCAUUGAUGCCUCGCUUGAAAUUCUUGUACUUGAUGAGGCAGAUCUUCUAUUGUCAUAUGGAUAUGAAGAUGACAUAAAAGCUUUUACAGCUCACAUCCCUAGGCGUUGUCAAUGCCUUCUUAUGUCUGCCACAUCAAGUGGUGAUGUUGAGAAACUGAAGAAGCUGGAUUUACACAACCCCUUCAUCUUGACUUUGCCAGAAGUGGGAAAUAUUAAGGAUGAGAUUAUCCCCAAGAAUGUUCAGCAAUUUUGGAUUUCAUGCGGUGGUCGUGAUAAAUUACUCCACAUCCUUGCCCUCUUGAAGUUGGAGUUGGUUCAAAAGAAAGUUCUGAUUUUUACUAAUACCAUAGACAUGGGAUAUAGAUCAAAACUGUUUCUGGAAAAGUUUGGAAUUAAGUCUGCUGUUUUAAAUUCUGAGUUGCCACAGAAUUCUCGUCUUCAUAUUCUUGAGGAAUUCAAUGCUGGGCUUUUUGAUUAUUUGAUUGCAACUGAUGACAGUGAAACAAAAGAGAAGGAAGAAGUCAAUGGGGAAAGUAAUGCUGAAACAAGAAAGUCUAGAAAGCAUGCCAAGCAAAAACUAGACUCUGAAUUUGGAGUAGUGAGGGGUAUUGACUUUAAAAAUGUACACACGGUAGGUGAUUGCUAGUUUGCUUGUGGCAUGUUGUGCCUGGAAGUUUUGUUGCUGUUGUUUAUGGUUAUACUUUGUUAUUUGAAUUAGAACUAGUAGUUUUUGGGAUUUCAAACAUGUGAACUUAAGGUUCUAUUGCCACUCAAAAGCCAAUUUUUUUUUUUUU